AAAUGGAUUUGAUGAUUGUAGUAGAGCCAUGCUAAUUGGGUAGCCAUGGCUGCUGUGCACGGCAAUUUUUUCUCCCUACUUCCUCCGCGCCAUCAAAACAAUGGACAGAAAUCGUUGACAUUCACCAAAUCCUUCGUUUCCAAGCCUAUGAAUUAUUCAUUUGAAUCUCAUAGACAUUUAGCGGGAAGGAUAGUUUGCGCAGCAGAGAGUGAGAAGGUGGGUUUCUUUGGUAGGCUGGGAAGAGUAAUAAAAGAAAAAGCAAAGAGCGACGUGGAGAGACUCUUUUCUGGAUUCUCGAAAACCAGAGAAAAUUUGGCCGUUGUGGACGAGCUUCUUACUUACUGGAAUUUGGCUGAUACAGAGCAGGUGCUCGACGAACUUGAAGAGGCUUUGCUUGUCUCAGACUUUGGUCCUAGAACAGCUAUCAAGAUCGUUGAGAAUCUACGCAAGGAAAUCUUGGCUGGAAACUUGAAAUCAGGACAAGAGAUCAAGGUUGCACUAAAGAAAAAGGUGAUUGAUUUACUGAAAGAAAAAGUACAGAAUACAGAGCUUCAACUUGGCUUUAAAAAACCAGCUGUGGUCCUGGUUGUUGGUGUCAAUGGAGGAGGAAAGACAACAUCUAUUGGGAAACUGGCCUACAAAUUCCAAAAUGAAGGAAAAAAGGUCCUAAUGGCAGCAGGUGAUACAUUUCGAGCUGCAGCCAGGGAUCAACUAGAAAUUUGGGCAAAAAGGACCAAUUCAGAGAUUGUCAUAAUUAAAGGAGAAAAUGUUAAACCUACUGUAGUCUUGUCUCAGGCUGUAUGCAAGGCAAUGGAGGAAAGCUUUGAUGUGGUUCUCUGUGAUACCUCUGGCCGUCUUCACACUGAUUAUGCUCUCAUGGAAGAACUGAUUGAGUGCAAGCACGCUAUUAAAAAAUUGUUGCCGGAUGCACCUAAUGAGGUUUUACUAGUAUUGGAUGGUACAACUGGUCUAAAUAUGCUUCCACAAGCGAGAGAAUUCAAUGAGGUUAUAGGUGUUACUGGCUUUAUCUUGACCAAGCUCGAUGGUAGUGCUCGAGGCGGGUGUGUGGUAAGCGUAGUGGAUGCUCUUGCCAUACCUGUAAAGUUUGUUGGCAUUGGAGAACAACUAGACGAUCUACAGCCAUUUGAUCCAGAGGCAUUUGUUGAUGCUAUAUUUCCUUGAGCAUCCUUUGAACAGUUGUAUAUUUAUGGGGAGUUAUUUGUUGUCUAGAUAAACAUUUGAUAAUUUUUCACUAAUGUUCAUUUUUGUUGAGUUUAAACGGCCAUGGAAUGUGUAAAUUUUGAGAUUAAAACAUCAGUUAAAAUUCAUUAUUAAUCUGACAAAUGGUGAAAUUGAGUAUA